AUGUUGCUCCUUGUUGUCGACACUAAGGUGCUCCACUUGGUGGAAUCGGAGGAGGAACCAUCACCAGGGGUUGGAGGGGGGUUCUGCAGGUGGCAGCUGAACCCUGGCAUGUACCACUACAAGACAGUCCCAGCCAACAGAGGAAACUGGGCUAGAGGAUGUGUUGAUGGUUCUGUUCUGGUUCAGUUCACAGUGUGUUUGCGUCGAGCUGGACAGACAGUUUACCAGCAGGUGUUAUCUGUAGAGCGUCCUCCUACGUUACAAGGCUGGAACUGGGGCUACUGCGGAGAGUACGCCUUCUACCACGCUCUGUACCCCCGCGCCUGGACCGUCUACCACCUGCCGGGACAGGAUGUCACUCUGACCUGCAGGCAGGUUUCCCCCGUCAUCCCCCAUGACUACCAGGACUCGAGUCUCCCAGUGGCAGUAUUUCUAUGGGACAUAGAGAAUAAGAAUGACUAUGAUCUGGAAGUGUCCAUCAUGUUCACCAUGGUCAACGGGUCAGGGCAUAAAGACGACAAGAGCGGAGGACACUGGAACGAACCGUUUCACCUGGAGAAGGAUGGGGAUGCGGUGUCGGGGGUUUUACUGCACCACUGUCCGGCGGUGAACCCUUACACUCUGUGCAUCGCUGCUCGUGAAAAGGCUGACAGGGAGGUGAGUCACCAGACGGCCUUCAGUCCAAAGGGGACCUGCAGCGCCCUGUGGAAUGACCUGAUCACAGAUGGACGGCUGGACUCUCCUACAGGCUCCAGUCCACCAACGGCUAAAGGAGAUAAGGUGGCAGCAGCGCUGGCAGUGGGUUGUACAGUACCAGCUCAGAGUCACAACAUGUUGGAGUUCUGCCUGGCCUGGGACAUGCCCAAAAUCACCUUUGGCUCCAGGGAGCGAGAACACAUCAGGAGGUACACUCGUUACUUUGGGGCCAGAGGAGCUGCAUCGCCGGCACUCAGCCACUACGCUCUAACACAUUACAGACAGUGGGAGAAGAGCAUUGAGGAGUGGCAGAGACCCAUACUGCAGGACAGUUCUCUUCCUUCCUGGUAUAAGUCCGCUCUGUUCAAUGAGCUGUACUUUAUCGUGGAUGGAGGCACAGUGUGGACGGAGCUCCCAGAGGACGCUGACGUGAGCGGUGGUCUGCGGUCUGAGAACGGGGGGCUUCCAGCUCAGCCUGCUGUUAUUAAGGAGUACGGACGCUUCGCCUACCUGGAAGGUCAGGAGUACAGAAUGUAUAACACAUACGACGUGCACUUCUACGCUUCCUUUGCACUGAUCAUGCUGUGGCCCAAACUAGCCUUGAGUGUGCAAUAUGAUAUCGCUGGCAGUGUGGUUCAACAGGACCCAACAGAACGGCUCCAUCUGAUGAGUGGGCGGUGUUCUCCUGUCAAGACCAGAAAUGUGGUCCCUCAUGACAUAGGAGACCCAGAUGAUGAGCCGUGGCAGAGGGUCAAUGCCUACCUCAUCCAUGACACUGCAGACUGGAAGGACCUGAACCUCAAGUUUGUCCUGCAGGUUUACAGAGACUUCCAUCUCACACAGGACAGGCAGUAUUUACAGGACAUGUGGCCAAUCUGCCAGGCGGUGAUGGAGUCGGAGAUGAAGUUCGACCUGGAUGGAGACGGACUCAUUGAGAACUCUGGAUAUGCAGACCAGACUUAUGAUGGAUGGACAGUGACUGGACCAAGUGCUUAUUGUGGUGGGCUGUGGCUGGCGUCGCUGUGUGUGAUGUGUAAGAUGGCCAUCCUGUUGGACAAUAAGGAGAUGUACCAGCUCUACAGAAGCACACUGGACAAAGGCAGCACUGCAUUCGACAAACUGUUGUGGAACGGCAAGUAUUACAACUAUGACAGCAGUGGGAGGGACCUGUCGAACAGCGUUAUGUCUGACCAGUGUGCUGGACAUUGGUUCCUGAGGGCCUCCGGCUUAGGAGACGGAGAAUUCAAGGCUUUUCCACAGGAGAAGAUCCGCAGUGCGCUGAAGUCCGUGUAUGAACUGAAUGUGAUGAGUUUUGCCGGAGGUCACAUGGGAGCGGUCAAUGGGAUGCGUCCUGAAGGAGUACCGGACCGCUCCAGUGUCCAGUCUGAUGAGGUCUGGAUCGGAGUCGUGUAUGGGCUGGCAGCGACUAUGAUCCAUGAGGGUAUGUUGACCGAAGGCCUGCGUACGGCUGAAGGCUGUUACCGGACUGUGUGGGAACAGCUGGGCAUGGCCUUCCAGACUCCUGAGGCCUACUGUGAGAAGAGCAUCUACCGCUCUCUGGCCUACAUGAGGCCGCUGAGCAUCUGGGCCAUGCAGCUGGCCCUGAACGCCUCACAGAGGGACCAGACCACUUUGGCUUCAACUGGAACCACAGACCAGGACCAGGCAGUACAAGCUCAGAAAGAAGACCAGAGCUAGGACCGGAGCCACCUGACAGACUGUCUAUCCUGUGCUGCUUUAUCUGAUCGACUGAAGACUUUUCCACAUUUUCUGUUGUUUGACAGAGUUGUGGUGGUUGGAGAAGAACUCCUGUAGAUCAUAAUGUUGUCAGAUGAUGGGUCUGAAGAGCAAACGCUCCUGAUUUACAACAUUAGUCGCUUUUCCAUUGGACGUCUGCACGAAACUUUACCGAUAUUUAUUAAGU